UUCCCUCUUGGUUCAUCUGGAGCACAACUCCAAACACAUUCAUCCUUCACCUUGACCUUUAGGGAGGGAAGGGCAGGGCGGGGAGCGUGGAUGCCAUCCCCACUCUGCUGGCCAGCCCUGUCUGGCCACUCUGGGCAGCUCAGGCCUUGCCCAGGGGUUUCUGAGCAAUGCAAAGGCUGCCAACUCAUUGGGUUUAUUUUUCAGUUACACACUUGGGUCAGUCUGAGGAAAACCAUUGUUUGUUGUUCUUCCAGUAAUCUUCACAGCAGCAGCUCAAAUAAUUUGGGACGAUUUGUGAGGGAUGUUACGAAAAUAGCCCAAAUGAGGGGAAAGUAAGUUAUUUGUGACUACAGAUUAUCAGCAUUAUCAGACUCAUCCUGAUGAGAUAUUCCCAGAGGGACAGAACUAUGGGACCUAAGUUUUGUUGCCAGAGCUGUCACAGGGGACACGGUGGGUGUUUCACUUCUGGCUCCUGGAGAGUAUGUGGCUGGCCACGUGUGUUCUGGUGAAGAUUAACUUCAUUCUGGUCUCUUAGUGUCAGUCACAGCAGCUUCAGAAGGGGCACUUCUCAUCAGUGGAGCGUUUUGGUUAUUAAUAUAACACAUACAAUAUGUCCUGGCUCUGCUUUCCAGAAUCCUGCUUGUUGGGAGUGUUUGCCAAUGGGAAUGUUCUCCACAGUGGUGCAGGUGAACGUUGUGUGGACUUGUCCAAAAGAGUUUGUUUCCUGUGAGCUUGAUCUACAGGAAUAUGUCUGGCAGGGGAAUGUGUUUGACAUGCAGCUGCUGCUGGUGAGCAGAGGGAGAGCUGCUUCCUGGGAUCCUGCCAGGCUUGUCCCCGUUUCGCCUGUUCUUUGGUGCUGUUGUAGAAGGGUUCUAGCAGGGCACCAUCCGCCGCUCAGCCCGGGCCGGCCCUAGACCCGCUGCCAUGUCGAAGCUGAAGAGCUCGGAGUCCGUGAGGGUGGUGGUUCGGUGCCGGCCCAUGAACAGCAAAGAGAAAACGGCUUCGUACGAGAAAGUGGUCAAUGUGGACGUGAAGCUGGGGCAGGUCUCGGUGAAGAACCCCCGGGGAACGACUCACGAGCUGCCUAAAACCUUCACCUUUGACGCCGUGUACGACUGGAACUCCAAACAAGUGGAACUCUACGAUGAGACCUUCAGGCCUCUGGUGGACUCGGUUCUGCAAGGGUUCAACGGGACUAUCUUCGCCUACGGGCAGACUGGGACGGGGAAAACGUACACGAUGGAAGGGGUCCGCGGGGACCCUGAGAAGAGGGGCGUCAUCCCCAACUCAUUUGAUCACAUCUUCACCCACAUCUCCAGGUCUCAGAACCAGCAAUACCUCGUUAGGGCGUCUUACCUGGAAAUCUACCAAGAAGAAAUCAGAGACUUGCUGUCAAAGGAUCAGUCCAAGCGGCUGGAGCUGAAGGAGAGGCCGGACACUGGGGUGUACGUUAAGGAUCUGUCGUCCUUUGUCACGAAAAGCGUCAAAGAGAUCGAGCACGUCAUGAACGUGGGGAACCAGAACCGCUCCGUGGGGGCCACCAACAUGAACGAGCACAGCUCUCGCUCUCACGCCAUCUUCGUCAUCACCAUCGAGUGCAGCGAGCUGGGGCUGGAUGGGGAGAACCACAUCCGCGUGGGGAAGCUCAACCUGGUGGACCUGGCGGGCAGCGAGCGGCAGACCAAGACUGGAGCCCAGGGAGAGAGGCUCAAGGAGGCCACGAAAAUCAACCUCUCCCUCUCGGCUUUGGGCAACGUGAUCUCCGCCCUGGUAGAUGGCAAAAGCACACACAUUCCCUACCGGGACUCGAAGCUGACUCGCUUACUGCAAGACUCGUUAGGUGGCAAUGCCAAGACUGUGAUGGUGGCCAACAUAGGCCCUGCCUCUUACAACGUGGAGGAGACUCUGACCACGCUGAGGUACGCCAACCGCGCCAAGAACAUCAAGAACAAGCCACGAGUGAACGAGGACCCGAAGGACGCUCUGCUACGGGAGUUCCAGGAGGAGAUCGCCCGGCUCAAGGCACAGCUGGAGAAACGGUCCAUUGGCAAAAGAAAGAGGAGAGAGAGGAGGAGGGACGGUGGGGAAGAGGAGGAGGACACCGAAGAGGGUGAGGAUGAAGGAGAUGACAAAGACGACUAUUGGAGGGAGCAACAGGAAAAGCUGGAGAUCGAGAAGAAAGCUAUAGUUGAGGAUCACAGCUUGGUGGCAGAAGAAAAGAUGAGACUGCUGAAGGAGAAGGAGAAGAAAAUGGAGGACUUGAGGCGAGAGAAGGAGGCGACAGAGAUGCUGAGUGCUAAGAUCAAGGCCAUGGAAAGCAAGCUGCUGGUGGGGGGGAAAAACAUUGUGGAUCACACGAACGAGCAGCAGAAAAUCCUCGAACAGAAACGACAGGAAAUCGCAGAACAGAAACGUCGGGAGCGAGAGAUCCAGCAGCAGAUGGAGAGUCGGGACGAGGAAACACUGGAGCUGAAGGAAACCUACAGCUCCCUGCAGCAAGAGGUGGACAUAAAGACCAAAAAGCUCAAAAAGCUGUUUUCCAAGCUGCAAGCUGUGAAGGCAGAGAUCCACGAUCUCCAGGAAGAGCACAUCAAGGAGCGCCAGAACCUGGAACAGACCCAGAAUGAACUUACCAGGGAACUAAAGCUGAAGCACCUGAUUAUUGAAAAUUUCAUUCCCUUGGAAGAAAAGAAUAAGAUCAUGAACAGAUCAUUCUUUGAUGAAGAGGAAGACCAGUGGAAACUGCAUCCCAUAACCCGUCUGGAUACCCAGCAGAUGAUGAGGCGCCCGGUGUCUGCCGUGGGCUACAAGCGGCCGCUGAGCCAACACGCCAGGACAUCCAUGAUGAUUCGCCCAGAGGCGCGGUACAGGGCAGAGAACAUUGUGUUACUGGAACUGGACAUGCCCAGCAGAACAACGAGGGACUAUGAAGGUCCAGCCAUUGCUCCCAAAGUUCAGGCAGCUCUAGAAGCAGCUCUGCAGGAUGAAGAUGAGAUACAGGUGGAUGCUUCCAGCUUUGAGAGCACCUCAAAUAAAAAAUCAAAACCCAGGCCUAAAACUGGAAGGAAAUCUGGGGGAUCCUCUUCAGCAGGCACCCACAGUUCUCAGCUCUACCCACAGUCCCGAGGGCUGGUUCCAAAGUAAAACCAGCAGUUCCUCUCCAGGGCAUCAACAGCCUUUGCCUUCUGAGAGCAGAGACGAGGAAAAAGCUGCAGAGAGAACUCCUGGCCAGGCUCCAGCCCCUUUCCCCUGGAGAUGGCCUCUGUGCUGUUGAACUGACUUGUGCCAGUCUGGGAGCACUGAGCCACAGGAAGAUCCGUGCUUGCAAUUCAGCAUUUGGCCUCUGUGGGAAACAGAUUUUAGUUAGGAAAUGAGAAAUGCAUGAGGUACGUUCAAGUGUGUUAGAAGCCAUGGGAAUCACCUCACAGCAUCACCAUCUCCUCCUGCACUAGCCCUUCUGCUGCACUGGGCCUUUUUUGUUGUUGGGCAAUAAGAAGACAAGAGUUGAAAAUCAUCUCAACAGAACCAUCACUCCAGAGCUCCACAGUGAGAACCAAAGCAGAGGAUCUGUUCAAACUUGACUAGGUGCAUAGUUUUUUCCCUCUUCCUGCUUGACGGACUGGAAUCAUUUGUGGUUAAGAGGUCAGUGUGAACGGGCAGCAGCCAGUGUGUACUCACCACCACGUAGCUGUGCCUCCCGUUAGAGUGGGAGGGAAAAAACGGGGCCUUGGAAGGAACUUUUCACUCUCCAGAAAGAAAGCAGUAGAAACUGAAAUCCCUUCCUUGUUUACAGGCACAAGUGAGAGCUCCACUAAACUGACCUCCCACAGACCUCACCCCUACCAGCAGGAACCACCUAGUCAGAGAACACACCUGCAUAGCAGUGCCAGCUUCACAGCUCGCUUCCUCUCUCAUGCCUUCAUUUUUACCCCAGGCAUUUCAAACCAGUGUCCAUGCGAAGUCUUAAAACAGUGGGGUGGUUUCCUCACGGGACUGGCUCAGAGCUCUCUUCCUGGCAGGCUCUGAGCUCUCUUCCCGGCAGGCUCGGGCUGCCCUUGUGCUCCCCCGGGAGGCGGGCAGAGGGCAGAGCACCGUAAGGCGGAGCGGCCUUGGAGCAGAGCUCUUCCUGCAAGCACAGCCCUUCCCCUCGCUGUAUGAGGAGGUUCAGCCUUCGGUACCUUUUGUGCCUCGCCUAUUCCACCUUGGAAGCUUUCCCUUUGCACCUCUCAGCCUGUGCAGAGCCCGCUGGGAGUGAAAGCACCAGUUACUGACUCUGGGAAAUGGACUCUGGUAAUAAUUCCAGGGAGUUCACUUUGAAAACGAGAGAGGAAGAGCUCCUGCUUUUGAUGGUCUCUAUGCAGAGCUGCCCUAUGACUGAAGCAGGCUCCUGUCAUGCUGCAGGCUCGUGUGGCAGGCUAGAGGGUGGUGGAAGUGCCACGCUGAGGACAGAGUAAGGUGUCCCUGUCUAGUGUCUCACAGCUCAUUCGUAAGUUUUAGUUCACUGUAUACCGAGGCUCGGGAUGGUGCUUUUUCUGGUUGCUGUCACCUUAUGAAUGUUUUUACCCCUUUCCCUCACUGAUGACUUCCUCCAGGCUGACAUGUGCAAGUGGAUGAGAAUUUGCCUGGUUUCAGAAAUGCCCUGCCUCUGCCUGGUGUGCUCAUUCGGCACUAGCACAGCUCACCUCUGCAUCUGCAGGCACGGUGCCCCGGUGAGCAGCUGCCCAGGGCAGCCCCAGCUCGGCUGCUUUCAUCCACACAGUGCUUCUCUGCACCUCAGAAUCAAGAUACAUACACACAAAUGCAUAUAUAUAUGAGUUUUGGUGGAAGAAAGAGGAGUUUGCUUGUAACUGAGAGCAGGCAUGUGACAAAUUUCUUUCAGUAUGGAAACCUGGCAUACUCUUCCCUUUCAUAAAGCACUGUUUCUGCUCACAGAGCCUCUUCAGUGGCUCUUGCUGCAGAACAUGUCACCUUCCCUUUUCUCCUUCCUCCUCUCUAGCACAUCAUCCUCUGCACAUGGCUGUUUCAAAGGGAUGAUUGUAUGGUGUAAGCACUCUGAGAACUGAAACGAAAGGGGGCAAAGACCUGAAACAUCGACAACGUGUGUAACCAGGUGUAUGUGCACACCCCUGUGCAUGUUCUGUGUGCUGAUGCAUACAGAGGCAUGUCUGUGCCUGCAUAUAGAGCUCCUGGGACACUGUUCUUCCACAGGGACUCCUCUGUGGAACUCCUGUGCUGGGAGCUCCUCAUGGCAGGGCUGGCGUGCUGCAAACCCAACCUCUCCUCGUUUGAGUGUCCAUAGCUGGUUAAUGUGGCAGAAAGGCUCUGUUUUUAAUACUGUAGAAAUUCAGUAGCAAGGUGAAGGAAACUCAGUAGGGUGGAAAAAAGAGAACAAAACUGCAUAUUUAGUUGUUGUAUUUCCAUUGGAGCAGGGGCUGGAGGCUGGGGGAGUGCAGGCACGGGCAAGCUCACGUCACUACAAAAGCUUCAGAGUCUCAUUCCAAUGGACUUGUCCUCGACCAGAUACUCAGUGGCACUGAUAUUAAGAUAAAAUACAUUGUCUUAAGCUGUACAAAAUGUACUGAGCUCUGUGUUGAAGUUUCUAGAAACAUUCCUGUCAAGUUUGCCCCUCUGUGGCUGUUCCCUGAGCCAGCUGGGCUUCCUGCAGGGCAAGGGCCAGACACAGGAAAUCCAGCAGCUCCUGGAAGAGGCCCACGGACAGCAUGUGCCAGCACAGUUCCUUCAGAGGAAUGUUUUACAUCCUUCUGCUCUGAUCUGUAUAAUGGGAUCCUUUUGUGAAAGGUGACAUGGAGCUCAAGGCAGCCCCUGGCUCUGGGACAAGCCCUGUGUGACAUGUGCAUAGGAAUCAAAAGCACUUUCCAAAACCCCUUGACGGGGCUCUAGCGCCUUUCUGAACACAUUUGCAUGCUGCUUGAAUCUUCUGAAGCACAUACCUCUGUCCCAGCCCCUGGGGCUCAUGCAGUACACAGAUCAGAGCUGACUCGUGUUCAGGGUUGUCUGCAAGCCUGCCUGCUCUGAACACAGCUCCCUAAGACACCCAGAGCCUGGAGCUGUCUCCUCUCUGUCACCCUUCAGGUGCAACAGCUCAGGGCGACUCCCCUGGGUCUGUUCCUGCUGUGUGGAAGGCAACUUGGGAAAGAUAACCUGUACAAGCCAUAACUGAAUAGGGAGAUGGAACUGAGAACACUGCUCCUGGCUGUGCUGUGCAGGGGGGUCACUGCCCCAGGUGCUCACAACCCCCUUCAGUCCCGUGUCCUGCCCGAGGGAGAUCCCGAGCCCUCUGCACACAGCUGUCCGUCCCUCUGAGAACUCCUGGGGGUCACCCCUCUCCGCUGUCCCUUCGCUCAUCUGUAGACAAAGAACCUGUCAAUAGUUCUGUCCAUAGUUUUACAGCUUGUAUUUAUUUGUAUCAUCUCUUUUGUCUAGGAAUGUAAAGUGAUACCGAGAUACAACGUCUAAUAAAGUCAAUAAGAGCUAUUGCAUCUACCAAGGCGGGUCCGGCUCCAUUAAUUCCCCUGUGAGUAAGGGCAGCGCA